UUCUCCCCCUCACUCCAGGUUCUUCUAACUGUGGGUGUCACCCACAUAGCGUUGAAACAAGGAACAAGACAGCAUUGUCCUCGGCUAGUGGGCGCCUGGUUCAUGUGGCAGCUCAAACCCAGGAAUUGUGGGGUCUGAUCCAGAUGGUUGGAUGAGGCUCCGCGUUCAUGGGAAUGGUGGUCCGCAAGGUCUUCUCGAGGCCCCUUUACACACUCCCCAACUUAGAUCCCAAUUUAUGUCUCUCUCUGGUUAAAGCUUCACAUUAGAACAGGAAGGAGCCCAAAGUAUCUUUUUCUUGGGUGUCUGAACCGGCCAACCACGACGUUUUUAGGCCGACCUAGGAGGGAGAGGGAGUACAACAGACAGCUAAGCCCUUAAGGAAGGCUCUAAACAAGUCCGGCGCUCGCCGUUCGGGAGUGGGAUACAAAAGGAAUAUGCAAGCCGGUGGAACAUAGACUGCAGAUUUUGAGCCAGCGGCGUUUCUGCCGAAAUCCUGGUAAAUUCCGGUAGAAGUGAGCGGAAGGAGGCAGGGGAGGAGACCAAAGAACCAGAAAACAACCAGCAAACCACCUGGGGAGAGAUGAGCGGAGAAGCUCCGCAGCCUUCUAGAGACUAGUCACCUGACACCCAAACCCCGGCCCGCGCGCCUCCACCCUCCGGCGGCGGGGCAGCCUGGCGUCACUUCCGUCCAGACCGGAACCCGAGAUGGCGGCCUUCUUGCUGAGACACGUUAGUCGUCAUUGCCUCCGAAACCACUUUAGCCCUCAGCUCUGUGUCAGAAAUGCUGCUCCUUUGGGAACCACAGCCAAAGAAGAGAUGGAGCGGUUCUGGAAUAAGAACACAGGGUCCAACCGUCCCUUAUCUCCCCACAUCACUAUCUACAGUUGGUCUCUUCCCAUGGCGAUGUCCAUCUGCCACCGUGGCACUGGUAUUGCUUUGAGUGCAGGGGUCUCUCUUUUUGGCAUGUCAGCUCUGUUACUCCCUGGGAACUUUGAGUCUUAUUUGGAGCUCGUGAAGUCCCUGUGUCUGGGGCCAGCACUGAUCCACACAGCUAAGUUUGCACUCGUCUUUCCUCUCAUGUAUCAUACCUGGAAUGGGAUCCGACACUUGAUGUGGGACCUAGGAAAAGGCCUGAAGAUUCCCCAGCUAUACCAGUCUGGAGUGGUUGUUCUGGUUCUUACUGUGUUGUCCUCUCUAGGGCUGGCAGCCAUGUGAAGAAUGGAGGUUCCCAGCAUCAUCUUCCUACACAUUAUUACAUUCACCCAUCUUUCUGUUUGUCACUCUUAUCUCCAGCCUGGGAAAAGUUAUCCUUACUCGUUAGAUCCUUUUGUGCUUUCAGAUCCCCUUGGAGCAGUAGAGUACCUUGUAGACCAUAAUAGUAGAAAAGGGUCUAAUUUCCCCCUUGUUUCUAAAGAUGAGGUGGCUGCAAAAACUCCCCUUUUAUGCCCACAGUUUGCCUACUCUGGGCCUAGAAGCAGUUAUUCCCUCUCCAUAUUGGGCUUUGAUUUAUGCUGAGGGUCAGCUUUUGGCUCCUUUUUCCUGAGACAGUGGAAACAAUGCCAGCUCUGUGGCUUCUGCCCUGGGAACUGGGGGUGAGGCUUUGGGUGCCACUGCCUUUGGUUUGCUGGCUUAAAGGACAAUUCUGUUCAUUGGUGAGAGCCCAGGCCAUUAACACCUACGCAGUGUUAUUGAAAGAAGAGAGGUGGGGGUGGAGGGGAAUUAGUCUAUCCCAGCUAGAGGGAGAUGAAGAGGGCUAGUUAGUUCUUAGAGCAGCUGCUUUGAGGAGAAAAUAUAUAGCUUUUGACACAAGAGGAAAAUCCAGAAAAUUAUCAUUGAACAUAUUAAAGGUUAUUUCUUUUUCUUGCAUUUCCAGAAAAGCCUCCUAAUUUUAUGCUUUCUUAUCCAAGUCAUAUACCAUUUUUUUCUGAAAUUGAAUUAAAAUUCUCAUUUUAUCUUUGA